GCAGUGUGAUUAAAGUUUCUCCUCCCUCAGACGCAGAGACAGAGCACGCGAGAUGUCUGCAAAGAUGGUCCUGUAAUACUUCACGAAAUAUAUGUACUUGCUGAAGAAGAGAGAUCGUUAUUACAAUCAUGUCACGAUAUCACAAAGCAGCCAUCGAUGGCUAUUUGGAUCUUUUGAAAGAAGCCACCAGGAAAGAUCUGAACACCCCGGAUGAGGAUGGCAUGACACCCACUCUAUGGGCAGCUUACCACGGACACAUUGAAGCUCUGCAGCUCAUAUGCAGUAGAGGGGGGGAUUCGGACAAAAGUGACAUCUGGGGGAACACGCCUUUGCAUCACGCCUCUGCAAACAGUCACAUGCAGAUCGUCAGCUUCUUGGUGAACUUUGGAGCCAACCUCUUCGCUCUGGACAAUGAUUUCCACACUCCCAUGGACGUGGCCGCCUCUCGAGACCACAUGGACUGCGUCCGCUUCCUAGACACCGCUGCCGCCCAACAGACAGGCCAGAAUGCCAAAAGGGUGGCGCGUCUGAAAGAACAGGCCACCAAAGAUGCCGAGCGUAGAGUGAAGCUGUGCGAACGCGUCAAGAAGAGACAUCAGAGUAAGAUGGACAAGAUGUACCGUGGCGGCUCUGUCUCAGAAGGAAGUUCACUUUCUGGCUCGGGUACCUUGAGCAGCGUGAACGGAGAACAGUUCUCCAAACUCAAUGCCGCAGACACCAACGGAUCGAACUCGUCGACAAUCAAGGGAACUCCCCAGCACAAAUUUGGGAAGAAAGACAAAGGGACAGUGAGUAGACAAGGGGAUAGCAAUGUCAUUUUUGUCAGACAAGAAAGCGGCUCACAAGAGAAACCUGGUUUUGCUGACGUCUUCAGUGAGCAGGAUGAAAUUCAGGAUUAUGAUGACGAUGUCGAGAGAGAUUUGGAUGAUGAGGGAGCCAGUCAGGUCAAGUCUAUUUUCGAAAGGCCUGGUCUCGGGAAAAUGGUGUUCCGCAGGAAAUUCUCCAUGGAAAUGGCCAUGGACCCUGAUGACCUCCCCAGCGGCAAUACAGAAGACCUAGGGUACCUCAUCCGUCAAGAGUUGUUUGAAACUGUGGAUGAAGGUCUGGAGGGUUUGGACAAGGAUUCAGAACUUCCUUGGAACGAAGAGGAGAUCGGCCUGGAUGAGGACGAGGAGACCUCUCACUUGGAUUCCUUCUUGGCGUCGAUCGGCCUGUUGGACUAUGGUCCUGUGUUCAGCCGUGAACACUUGGAUCUUGAUGCCCUGAUGCUCUGCUCAGAUGAUGAUCUUAAAGGCAUCCGCAUCCAGCUGGGGCCACGCAAGAAGAUCCUGGAAGCUUCGGCUCACAGGAAAACUGUGCUAGAGCAGCCUGGCGUUAUGAAAGACACCUUCCUUUAAAGGGGUCCUAUUAUGCUCUUUUACAAAGUCUCGAUUUUGUU